CAAACGCUGCUCAGGCACAUGGAAAGCUUGCUGCUCAAGAAAUGCAAGUUCGAGCGAUUCAGGAUCUGCCUCACUCGGUUGAGCUGUCGUCUCGUUCUCAUUUGAUUCUCAUUUUGAUGUGAACUUUCAUCCCUUGUUCAACAACCUAAUGCGGUCAUCAGCGCAUAAGACUAUCACAAGAUCCCGAAAUGGGUGCGCAGUAUGCAAGUCAAAACGGUUGAAAUGCGACGAAGUCAAGCCACAUUGUUCGAGAUGUAGAAGACUCGGGAUAUCCUGUCCCGGAUAUCAAAAGCCUCUCAGAUGGUCGCCUGCCUCGAGAUCCCCUGGGGUUGACAUCACGACUCCGACAUCUAGCGAACCACAACGCCGCCAACAAAGGGCUAGACAUUCGGUUCAAAUUCUACAAUCCCCCGAUUCAUUUGACAGGGAUACUUUUGACACGGGUUUCUUCAGUCAAUUUGCAAAUAUCGAUACCCCUUCAAGUUUAGACUUUCAAGAUGCCACCCAUCUGGAGCCUACUUUUCCCUUCUCAGACAUACCGGCUCUAUCUCCAACUCCUUCCUCAUCCGCAGGGGUAACAUUUUCUCUUCUUUCAGCCGAAACAGAAGCCAAUGAAAUAUGGCCGGGUAUCAUCCCUGGUAAUCAAGUCGCUGCACUUGGUCUCGAUGUGGUAGACCGGCGCGUCAGCUCCAAUCCAUCCAGCAUGGCUCACUACGAUACCCCACUAUCACCCUCAUUACAAGACAAUACAUCGGUGCUGGUGGAGUACUAUUUCAAAGAAGUGUGCGGGAUGAUGUCUUGCUACGACAGCAAGUUGAACCCAUACAGAACAACUAUUUCCAAUCUCUGGAGUAAUUCGCCAUCACUCUACUACGUUACCCAAAGCAUGGCAGCAGCCUGCUUAGCCGAAGUCUCACCAGGCCUUUCCGCAGCCAGCGUUCGACUUCGGGACCAGGCGGUAAACGCCCUAUGGAAAGAAAGUAAAGCAGGUCCAACGGAUACAUCAUCACUGUUGGCACUGGUCAUGCUCGGCUUCAGUCUCUGCUGGCAUGAUCCGUCUAAACUCGGCCAGUCCGAGUUCGAAUUACUGGCUGAGACACUCAUUCACCUCGAAGCCCAACAAGAUAGCUUGAUAAUGGCGGACAAGCAGAAACGAUUCUUCUUUUAUAACUCACUAGUUUACUGGAGGAUGUUGCUUUCCUUCGUCACCGACCAAGAAUUGCCUUCGGCGGCAUCCACUGGAGCCGUUCAGCCACAACCGCCUCGUUUUCCCGAUCGAAAUGACGCGAGGAUGCCACAUCCGCAGACAGGUAUUGGAGUAGAGGUACUAGAGGUUGUUGGUCAAGUUGGGGCGCUCGCCAGAAAAGAACGAAAACGGAUCCGUCGCCGCCAGCAUUCAUCCAGGCACGACAUCGAGCAGUCCGUCGCCGCCAUACAGGCAGCGGAACAGCUCCACUCGCGGCUUUGCAAGAUUGAACUUCCAACAGAGGUUACAGUCAUGGACUCGGGCGAUGAUAUGACACCAACCGACCAUCUGUUGAAAGCUGCAGAGGCGUACAGGUGUACUGGACUGUUGCAGCUAUACCGCAACUUUCCCGAUCUACUCUUGCAAGACACGGCGACUACCAGUCCGUCGGCCUGGCUGGAUAUACCCGGGGAGUCGGAACCCAGCUUUUCGGGCAACCCAGAUGCUCUACAUGCGACGUGGCUGACCUGUCUUGCUUUACACAUUCUCGAUCUCUUACAGGAGAUUCCAAUCACGUCGCGAUCUCGGUCUAUUCAACCACUGCUUCUAGUAAGCAUUUGCAGCGAGCUUUCUAUAACCCGCGAGUUUGCUUCGUUGGAUUCUUUGGGAGACAAGCCUAUGGCAAGCUUUGCUUCUAGUCCUAGGCUGAGAGCAAAGCCAACCAUGACCGACGUUUUACAUGCUAGACGGCUGGUCAUAUCACGUCUCGCAUCGUUCGAGGGCAUCCUGGCAGCUAAGCCUAUACGACAAAUGACGCUUCUUGUAAGAGAGACAUGGUCACGUAUGGAUGAGAAGCAGCAGGACGUGUACUGGAUGGAUGUCAUGGUGGAGAAGGGUUACGAAACCUUGAUGGGAUAGUUGCGAUGAUGCUUGUCAUGAUCUUAUCCAGCAUCGAAUGGUUGUUGAAAAACUUGAGCCUCAACCAUCCUGAGAAGAUAUAAGACACUCAAUAGGAAUGGUUUUCAGAAUAACCGUAAACAUCAAGAUUUCUGCCUUCUAGUUCAUGAAUAUGUACUGGAACCCUCGUCUUAGACCAGUACUCAAGCAUCUUGGAAGGGGGCUCCUCACUUAUAAGGAGCACUGUGUCAGCAUAACCGUGUGGAGACGAGUCGUUGGAGGGGUCCAGUCAGAUAUCAUACUUCAUGGGUAAGGGGACUUAGUCUCAACAGCCCGGCCUUCAACCGACAAUUUUGAUCGAAGUAAAGCCAUCCCCGCGCCUUUUCGUCCCCAAUUUCU